GAAGUACAUUUUUGUUUUGGUUUCAAUUUUCACGUUAUAAAAUUCUUAUUUUUACUGUUAUUUUAACCAAUAAAUAAAAUUAUGGAAGAAAAAUCCGCAACAAAAACUAACAACAAUUGGGUACGACUUCAGUCGAAAAGCCGCCCCAAUCAUCAUUAUAUGUUUAACAAACAUACAGGUGAAACUCGUUGGUGCACAGAAGAAUCUUCAUCGCAGGACAAAACACCAAAUAUUUCAGUUAGUAAACGGAUAAUGAAAACUCCCGCCCAAGAUCGUCUGAAACGUUUACAAAAAAAUUUAGAAAAAACUGCAAAACACAAAGAUAAUAAUAAUAAAAAUAAAAAAUUAAAUUUAUGUGAACAACAAAUUGUUGAAGAGUUGAAAAAUUCUUCCACAAUAAACAAGAAACAAUCAGGAGUUUCAGUUCAAAAAGAAACUCCAAAUUCGACUAAAAACGCAACCAAAGUCACUGAAACGACCAAACAUGAAAGCGUUUCUAAACGAAUUGAAAAAAUUAGAACGCAAAAUGACAAAGAACCUUCGAGUUCAAAAAACAAAAGUCAAGUCACUGAAGUGAAGAAUCAUAAAAGUAUUGCCAAACCAAUCGAAAUCAUUAAAGCGCCAAAACUCGUGACAAAAGAUGGUUCUGUGGGAGCCAAAGAACAAUCGGAUAAGAAUAAAUUCCGAAUUCCCAAAAAGCCUCCUACCCAACCAGAAAAUACCUCUAAAAAGAAAGCCGAAAAACGAAAACUCAAUGAAGAAGUGGGUGCAGCUUCUAGCCCCAAUUUGACAAAGCAGCCUUCAAACCAAACUUUGCCAGAUCUUAAAAAAGAAACAACAAAUGUUAGUAAUCCUAAGAAAAUUCGAAAAUCCAAUGAAUUCAAAGUAAGUAUAGAAAAAACUUCUUCAGAAUCAAAAAACAAUGUCCAAUGUGACAUUAAUGAUAAUGAGCAACCUUCCAAAAACUCAAAGCCGACUUUAAUGUCAACGAUAAAAGAUUAUUGCUCUAAUUUGUUUCAUAAAGUUGUUCCUACAAACAAAGUUGUUCCCAAAAACAACACAGUCUUAGAGAGAAAACCUUCAAAUCUUUCACAAUAUUCAAAACCGUCUUUCAAAAGCAAACCGCAACCUGAAAAGAAAGGUUCCUCGCAGGACUUGCGACUUCUCUUUUCAGCCAAUGACAGAUUGAAUCGUUUAAGAAAAUCUUUACAAGAACAACAGAAAGACUCUAAUCAGAAUCAAAGUGUCGUAUCUUCCUCUAAUUCGUUUGAUUCUAGUUUAAACACUUUUAAUGAAUGUAGUCCAAAUACAUCGGUUUUGGAAUGUGAUGAGUCAAUGGAUUGGCAACCAAUUGAAGAUGCUUCUCCUUUAUCUUCGCCUUCGGUUAAUGUGACAAGUUCUUCCUUUUUGUCGAAUGUUAGCUCAACGAAUGUAUCUACUUGUAGUGAACACUAUGAUACUGUUAAUGAGAAUUUAUUUCGUUUGGCAGCAGAGAAAAAGCAGAACCCAGAGAAGAAAUGGAAGACAGAUUAUUUCUAUUUUGUUAUCGACACAAAUGUUUUUUUGGAAAACAUAACAUUUGUCGAUGAAUUGAUAACAAUGAAACUUUGUGAUACUGCAGGUACUGUAAUAUAUGUACCUUAUUGCGUACUUCAAGAAUUGGAUAAAUUAAAAGUACGUUCGCCAAGUGAAAGCAUUAAAACUCGUUCCGCUCGUGCCAUAAAGUUUUUUAAUAAAGCUUUUGAAACAAAAUCUGAAAAUAUUCAAGCUCAAAGUUCUGGUGAUGAAAAUAGACAUUUAAUUAAAGUUAAAUCACCAGAUGAUAGCAUUUUAAAUUGUUGUUUGCAAGUCAAACAACAUAUUGAUAAUGUACUGCUUCUAACUGAGGAUAUUAAUUUAAGAAACAAAGCCAUGUGUAGUGAUGUAUUGGUAGCAACUAAGAGUGAUCUUAUAUCAAAACAUGAAAGCCUAUUAUAGUGGAGUUUACAAAGGCUUUUAUAUAUAUUUAAAUAGAUUAUGUUCGUAGGUAUUUCUUUAAAAUUUUUGAAAAAUUAUAUGAAAUUAAGACGACUACGAAUAAUAGUUUAAGAGCCUACAGCAAAUUUUGGGACUGGAGGUAUAACCAAAAUAUUAUGAGUACGCAUUUUUAUAGCCUUUUGCGUUCGAAUAACAAAUUCAUCUUUAAAUCGCAGCUUUAUAUUGUUUUCAGGGGUUUAAAAAAUGUAAAUUUUCCAAAUAUUAUUCCUAGGCUAAAUUAACAUUACUUCACAGGAACUGAUUCUGAGUUUUUACUAGCCCUAAAGACCCCAAUCUUGACGAUAUGAGAUUAAUAAAACUCAUCAUACGCUUUGGAGAAUUUUCUGUUUAAUUUUUUUUUAUUCAAAACGCUCCCAAAAUAGAGCCGAUGCGGUUAAUUAAAAAAGCUUAUAUUCUGAGUACUAUUUGUCGCAUUGUCAAGGUUGAGACCUUCAAGCUUAGGGAAAAUGACAUCAGUAUCAAACCCUAUAUAUUCAAAAUGUUAAAUAGUGAGUGUGAAUUUACACUUCUCACAUUAAUUGGAAAAGUCGCAUUGUUUAUAAAUCCGCGAAUUAAAGCUGCCAGAAUUCGAUGAAUUCGUUGUUAGAACGCAUAAGGCUAUACAACUUCAAACUCACAAUUUGGUUAUACCUCCACUUCUAAAAUUUGCUGUGAGCUCUUGGUAUAAAAGUACGAAGGGAGAAUAAUAUAAAAAGCCAACGGUAGGAGUGGAGGAAUAACCAAAAGUGAUUAAGUAGUUUUUGAGAUUUUAAAUAACGCGAAUUUUCAAAUUAAUGUGAUUAUACUAAAUUCACAUGCAGUCCUAUUCUGACCCAAAACUCCCGUCAAAAUGUCUUCUAGAAAAAAGGCGUCUUUUAUUAAUUUAGCUAUUCUGGAAAUUUGACGAUCGUUAGCCCUUCUCCUGAACACAUUUCUC